UCCUUCAAUGCGCUGGUUUUGUGUCGCGGGGUAACCAACCCGCCAAACGUGCUCCACACCGAAUCCCCAUUCGGUAUCUUGCUUCCCUCGAGGCUGGUAGAUGGGGUAGUUGGGGAUGCUCGUUCCCACCUGCACCUCUCUAUAUAGAUCCAUCGUUUGUCCAAAAUUCUCUCUCUCUGCUUUUCUCUCAGAAAAACAAGCGGGAGCUCUCUGAUUGACGGAGGCGUGGUUGUUUUAAUUUUGCAUCAUGGCUACAGGACAAAUUUUCUCACGAAAUACGCAAGCGUUGUUCUACAAUUACAAGCAACUUCCAAUUCAGCGGAUGCUUGACUUCGACUUUCUUUGCGGGAGGGAAAUUCCUUCUGUUGCUGGAAUUAUUAAUCCUGGUUCUGAGGGAUUCCAAAAAUUAUUCUUUGGUCAAGAAGAAAUUGCCAUUCCAGUUCAUUCAAGCAUUGAAGCAGCUUGCAGCGCUCACUCAACUGCAGAUGUUUUUAUCAACUUUGCUUCCUAUAGAAGUGCAGCCGCUUCUUCAAUGGCUGCAGUAGUCAUUGGUCCUGCCACUGUUGGGGGAAUCCAAGCAGGAGCUUUUAAGAUAGGCGACACAGCAGGAACAAUCGACAAUAUAAUUCAAUGCAAGCUCUAUAGACCUGGAUCUGUUGGUUUUGUCUCUAAAUCGGUAAAAAUGAUGGUUGUACUUGGUGAACUUGGCGGGCGUGAUGAAUAUUCCCUGGUCGAGGCCCUUAAAGAUUGUAAAAUUCAUAAACCAGUUGUUGCCUGGGUCAGUGGAACCUGUGCAAGGCUCUUUAAGUCAGAAGUGCAGUUUGGACAUGCUGGUGCCAAGAGUGGAGGUGAACUAGAGUCAGCACAGGCAAAAAAUCAAGCUCUAUUGGAAGCUGGAGCAAUUGUCCCAACUUCUUAUGAAGCAUUUGAGGCUGCAAUUAAAGAUACUUUUGAUAAGCUUGUUGAAGAAGGGAAGAUCACCCCUGUGGCUGAAGUUCAACCUCCUGAAAUUCCGGAGGAUCUUAGCUUUGCAAUUAAAAGUGGGAAGGUCCGGGCCCCAACUCACAUCGUCUCUACUAUCUCGGAUGAUAGAGGUGAUGAACCGUGUUAUGCUGGCGUACCCAUGUCUACCAUUAUCGAACGUGGUUUUAGCGUUGGCGAUGUUAUCUCUCUUUUAUGGUUCAAACGUAGCCUUCCUCGCUAUUGCACACAAUUCAUAGAGAUUUGUAUCAUGUUGUGUGCUGACCAUGGUCCCUGUGUCUCUGGAGCUCAUAACACUAUAGUCACAGCGAGGGCUGGGAAGGACCUUGUUUCGAGCCUUGUUUCUGGGCUUCUCACAAUUGGUCCUAGAUUUGGUGGUGCAAUUGAUGAUGCUGCCCGAUAUUUUAAGGAUGCUCAUGACCGGGGUCUUACUCCUUAUGAAUUUGUGGAGGGCAUGAAGAAGAAGGGCAUCAGGGUACCCGGAAUUGGUCACAGGAUUAAGAGUAGGGAUAAUAGGGACAAGAGAGUUCAGCUGUUGCAGCGAUAUGCACACACUCAUUUCCCUUCUGUGAAGUACAUGGAUUAUGCUGUUCAAGUUGAGAACUAUACGUUAUCAAAGGCGAACAACUUGGUUUUAAACGUUGAUGGCGCCAUUGGAUCCCUUUUCUUGGAUCUACUUUCAGGCAGUGGAAUGUUCACCAAGCAGGAGAUCGACGAAAUAGUCGACAUCGGAUAUUUGAAUGGACUUUUUGUCCUUGCGCGCUCUAUCGGUCUCAUAGGGCACACCUUUGAUCAGAAAAGGUUGAAGCAGCCGCUUUACCGCCACCCGUGGGAAGAUGUUCUUUAUACAAAAUGAUCAACUUUUGCGCACUGCCUGUAGCACAUCUGCUGUGCCUUGAUUUUAAUUUUUUUUUUUUUUAAUUUUAUCACCAUUUUAUCAAGAAUUAAUUGCUUACAGGGGGUUGUUAUAUGUUAAGCAGAGGUUGCAGCCUCAUUUUGAACUUCGAGUACUCAUUCUAUGAAAAGUACACACUGGCGUUCAUCUAUUUUGUUACAGCUCUAUGCACCAAUUUCCCUAUCGAUUAUUUUGAUUAUUUGAAAGGUAAUUUUGAUUUUGUUUUC